UGGCCAGGGUGGGGCUGAGGGUGGCGCGGCGCGUCUCCGGCGGUGCUGGCGCAUCUCUAGGAGUUCAGUUAUGGGUGUGAGAGGUUUGCAGGGAUUUGUGGGAAGUACCUGCCCACAUAUAUGUACAGUAGUAAAUUUCAAAGAACUGGCAGAGCACCACCGAAGCAAGUAUCCUGGAUGUACUCCUACCAUUGUGGUUGAUGCCAUGUGUUGUCUCAGAUACUGGUAUACUCCCGAAUCUUGGAUCUGCGGUGGCCAAUGGCGAGAAUACUUUUCUGCUUUGAGAGAUUUUGUUAAAACUUUUACAGCUGUUGGCAUUAAGUUGAUAUUCUUCUUUGAUGGCAUGGUGGAGCAGGAUAAGAGAGAUGAAUGGGUGAAACGAAGACUCAAGAACAAUAGGGAGAUAUCCAGGAUUUUCCAUUACAUCAAGUCACACAAGGAGCAGCCCGGCAGAAACAUGUUCUUCAUCCCCUCAGGGCUGGCCAUUUUUACGCGAUUUGCUUUGAAGACCCUGGGUCAGGAAACUCUGUGUUCAUUACAGGAGGCCGACUAUGAGGUGGCUUCCUAUGGUCUCCAGAAUAACUGUCUUGGAAUUCUUGGAGAAGAUACUGACUACUUAAUUUACGAUACCUGUCCCUAUUUUUCAAUUAGUGAGCUCUGCCUGGAGAGUCUCGAUACCAUCAUGCUCUGUAGAGAGAAGCUCUGCAAGAGUCUGAGUCUCAGCCUGGUGGACCUUCCUCUUCUGGCCUGCCUCCUUGGCAAUGACAUAAUCCCGGAAGGCAUGUUUGAAAGCUUUCGAUACAAGUGCUUGUCUUCCUAUACCUCUGUAAAAGAGAACUUUGACAAAAAAGGCAACAUUAUUUUAGCUGUAGCAGACCACAUAUCUAAAGUUCUUCACUUACAUCAAGGUGAGAAAAAGCUAGAAGAGAUAUUACCUUUGGGACCAAACAAAGCUCUUUUUUAUAAAGGAGUGGCAUCAUAUCUUUUGCCAGGACAGAAAUCGCCAUGGUUUCUCCAAAAACCCAAAGGUGUAAUAACUUUGGACAAGCAGGUGGUAUCCAUGUGUACAGACCCUGAAUCCAAGCAAGAAAUUUCCAUGUGUACACACCCUGAGUGCAAGCAAGAAGUUCCUGUGUAUAUAGACCUUGAAUCCAAGCAAGAAGUUCCCAAGUGUACACACCCUGAAUCCAAGCAAGAAGUUCCCACGUGUACACACCCUCAAUCCAAGCAAGAAGUUCCCACGUGUACACACCCUGAAUCCAAGCAAGAAGUUCCCAUGUGUACACACCCUCAAUCCAAGCAAGGAGUUCCCAUGCAAACACACUUUGAAUCCAAGCAAGGAGUUCCCAUGUGUACACACUUUGAAUCCAAGCAAGGAGUUCCCAUGCAUAUACAUUUUGAAUCCAAGCAAGGAGUUCCCAUGUAUACAUAUCCUGAAUCCAAGCAAGGAGUUCCCAUGUGUACAGACCCUGAAUCUAAGCAAGGAGUUCCCAUGUGUAUAGAUCCUGAACUGAAGCAAGAAGCUCCCGUGUGUACAGAUCCUGAAUCCAAGCAAGGAGUUCCCAUGUGUACACACUCUGAAAUCAAGCAAAAAUUGCCUAUAGGUACAUACCCCGAAUUUAACCUAGAAGCACUCAUGUGUACAAACCCUGGAAUUAAACAAGAAGACCUGAUGAAUGUGGAGCCUGAAAUCAAGCAACAAGUAACCAUGGUUUCAGACCCUGAAAUCUUAAAGGUUGCUCGAGCACGUCAUGUCCAGGCAGAGAGCUACCUGGUGUACAAUAUCAUGAGCACUGGAGAGAUUGAGUGCAGCAACACUCUGGAGGACGCGCUAGACCAGGCUCUGCCGAGCCAGGCCUUCGUUUACCGCCCUGUACGGCAGCGCGUCUACGCUCUCUUGCUAGGGGAUGGCAGAGGUGAUGCCAGCUCCUGCCCCACCGUCAAGGAGUGGUUUGUGUACUCUGGGAACCCGUUGAGGCACCCGGACCUCGUGAGGCCUCUGCCGAUGAACAUUCCAGGGGGAACGCCUAGUUUGAAACUGUUGUGGCUGAACCAAGAGCCAGGAAUACAAGCCCGGCGCUUGGACACACUCCUGGCCUGUUUCGACCUUUCCUCCUCAAGAGAAGAGCUGCAGGCAGUAGAGAGCCCUUUUAAAGCGUUGUGCUGCCUCCUGAUCUACCUCUUUGUGCAGGUGGACACUCUGUGCCUCGAGGAUCUGCAUGCUUUUAUUGCUCAGGCCUUGUGUCUCCAAGGAAAAUCAACUGUGCAGCUUGUAGACUUACAGCUUGAUUACGUCGACCCCAGAGCCGUGCAGCUUGGCUCGCUCCUGGUCCGCGGCCUCACCACUCUAGUGUUGGUCAACAGCGCGUGCGGCUUCCCCUGGAGGAUGAGUGAUUUCAUGCCCUGGAAUGUAUUUGAUGGGAAGCUUUUUCAUCAGAAGUACCUGCAAUCUGAAAAAGGAUAUACUGUGGAGGAUCUUGUAGAACAAAAUAAGUCUCGGCUCACCAAAUUCCACAACCUGAAGUCCAUCGUGUGCAAGGCCUGCAUGAAGGAGAACAGACGCAUCAUCAGCAGGCGGCACUGGCAUUCACACCACUCAGGGAAGUGGGGAAGAGAGGGAUCGGGCUCCCACAGGACGAGCUCUGGGCGCAGCCGGUCUGGCCAAGGACAGCACUGCAGAGACCAGGGACCAGGAAGUAGACAACAUGAGCCUGACCAGUGGAGAAGACAUUCAUCAUCUUCGGGGUGGUCCAACUGAUGCCUGCUGCUGCAGUGCUGGAAUGGGACAGAACCCUUCACAGCUGGAGAAAGAAUUGUCUUAAAUAAAACUUGGACAUUGAACAUAAAUUCAGUAUAUCUUGCUUGUCUGCAAUCAAGACAUAUGGUAAAACACACUGUAUUUCCACAUUACAGCCCUCGGUACAGAUGUGUUGGAUGAUGUCAGCUGGAUGUGGUGGGUGUGUUAAACUCCGUUCCACCGUGUACAUGCCGCAGUUAGAGAAAUGACAACACUUCCAGAAACCAAGGAAAUGAGGCAGAACUGAAGAUGCUCGUGAAAAAGCAGCCUGCUGUCACCCAGAAGCAUCGCAUGGCUUCAGGCUAAAUACAAGGAUCAUUUUUAAUUUGAAUGUUUGUAAAUGUAUGGAUAUUCAUGGGGAAUGUAUUAGGAAAAGAAUAAAGAAACAGCUCAGUAACUUGUACAGAAGUCCUCCUGUGUUAGGCAGGGGCUUCUCUGUCACCUGCUCUGUGAAGUAGCCGCACGGCAGAGCCUUGAACAUCUCUCUCCAGAGAGAGGUGAAGAGGUGGGUGCAUUGUUACAGCUCCUCCUGCUUUGUUUAACGAACUUGGAGAGAAACCUGCAUGCCUGCGUAGCCUGACUGACACCAAGUGUCUUCUAACCGCUAUCUUUGAAUUCAUCAAACUUGAGUUAGAAAUACAAUUUCACAGCAAGUUAUUUUCUCAGUGGUUGGCCCAGGCCUCUGACGUCAAGGAUCCUUGUAAGAGUUUACUGAUCGUGCACAUCAUUAGGGUUUCUCAUGUUAUAGCUCUUAAGUUUUGAUUCCUUUUUUUAAAUUUGUUAAAAAUGCCACUUUAUCAGGACUUCAGGGGUUUUCCAUUGGUGAGUGAAAAUCACUUGUUUGUGGUUACCAUUUUGCUCCUAGGAAGUAAGCCAGACCAUCCUUAUUUAAAGGAAACACGUGCAAGAACCAAGAAGUAGUGCCGGAGCGCGGCCUGGUGGCUCCUCCAGGAGAGGCCGUGAGGCCCUCCC